CGGGUAAAGGGCAAGACGUACAUACAUGUGUAAGCGAUAGGUAAGUAAGAAGCGCCUGCUUGCAGCCUACCUCCAUAUGUACAUGCGCAAAAAAAAGGCCUUUUCUUUGACUACCGCACUGGUUCAAGGGGGCCCAGGCGAGCGGUACCAUGGAUUCCAAGGCCUGGUAGUGGCGAUAAUACAAAUAGGGAAAUUGGAAAACUUGGUGGCCAACAGCAGUGCAGCGAUCAUGGGGCCACUCAGCUUUGUCUACGCCAUUUUUUGGAUAUCUCAGGCGGCUGGCAGGGCAAUCGAGGGACUCGUUCCGAGGGUCAGGUGGCCAUCGGCGGUACCGAUCGGAAAGUGUGUGUGGGGGGAAGUGGAAAAAGGAGGCUAUUCUUUUCUUACCUGUCUUUGUAAGGAUCAGACUUGUUCAUCUUGGAAUAAAGUUUCUGGGUCAGGGUCAGCUGUAUCAUGUACGUCCUAUGUACGUACCCUAGUUACAAACUCUAAACAGGGGGAAAGUGCACAUGUGUGUGGUACGCAGCAAACAGGGACAGUUUUGACAGGAAACGUCGCAGUGAAGAUCUCGUCCGGUGAGGAUUCCUUGCCUGCAGCUCGUGUGGCCAAAUCGCGUUUUCGUAGAGUAAAGGAUGCAGGUAUUGGCAGUAUUAGACGAAUGGAAUGCAGUCGAUUCGCGACUAAGGGAAUUUUCUGCAGUGAGCCUUGUAUACACAGCGUGGAUCCCUUCUUCCCCGCUGCUACAUACAUGUACAUACGUGCUCAGCUACUGCAUGUCAACGCGCAUGCAGCGUGUCAUCAUCGCCAUAUUCUCCACACCCACACAUGCACACGCACGAGUACAUACCCGAAGACCUGCGGGUUGUACUUGUGCGCUUUGCUCUAGUGAGCUGCUGUGGUGCCCAUUGUGAUCUACAGUCAUUGCGGAAAAGAGGUCCGCGGGGCCCAGGCAUAGGAAGGGUACCUGGUCUCUCAAAUAUCCAGUUUCAUCCAGUCAUGAUUUGCCAUGUAUCCUUUAGGAUGUGAUUUGCUGCCUUUUCCUUU